AUGCAGAUUGAACAUAACGUUCUACGGUCCAAGAUGACGAGUGACCAGAAGUGGUUUAGGAUUGAUUUCUUGGACGAGGGCGGCUUCAACCCCAGCAUCAUUCCUCACCCAGAAAAGGAGAACACAUGGAUAGCUAUUGCGCAAAGGAACAAGGCAAAAGAUGCAAGCGACAUCUGGAACGUGGAGUUGGUCUGCGAGCUGGAGUUCAAGAAUGACAACAUGACUUGCACGCAGUCACCCAAGAUUCUGCCCAUUGCGUCGACUGUUAGCGACAAGUGUAGCGGUGACUACGACUACAUGAAUCGCAUGAUGGGACCACAUGAUGCCCGCCUUUUCCAUGGCCCUACCAAGCCAUAUCUCAUGUAUGUGUCCCAACAUAAAGACACCUGUCUGGGACAAUGGCUUCACGACUUUCGGCGGCUUUUCGACUACAGCUCGACUGCUGUCACAAAUCGCAAGCAACCAUUCUUCUGGCCAACCCAGCUCGAACGACCUCCACCGUUUGGAAGGCAAGAGAAGAAUUGGUUUGUUUUCUGGGAUACGGAGAAUACAAUGUACAUUCAUAAUGAUAUAGUGCCCAAGCGCGUGUUUGCCAAGCUGAAUGCUGAUGGCACCGUUGGCAAGGACUUGGCACCGCUUGCUGAGGAGAAGGAUGCGAAGUGCAUGAAGGACCGCCUUCCCAAGCUCAGAGACAAUGGCCUAGAAUGGCUUCAUCAGUCCACCAACUCAUUGGCCAUCACACUAUGCAAGCGAGCUGAUCCAGACUGCGUGAAGACCGACGACAAUACCUUCAACAUGAUCAUCAUCCAGAAGAAGACUUUUUACUUCCAUGGUGUGUACUCGCCAUUCAUAUUACUCUUCCGACGAACAGCACCUUUCGAGAUCUACGGCAUCUCAUCCAAGCCUUUCUGGUAUAAUGGGCGUGGAGUACCGAUGGGCCAUUGGACCGAACGACCAGGAGACAUCGGAAAACCACAGAAUCAGAGUGAAAUGGUCUUCACCACAGCGAUGAAUUGGAAGGAGAAGGGUCUCGGAGACCAUGGAUAUCUCGAUGAUGAUAUCAUCAUUACCUUUGGCAUGGAAGACCGCAGAGCUGGCGGAAUCGAUGUCACAGCCGCAGACUUGAUGCAAGAUUUCGCAUUUUGCGAUUGA